CAGGAGGCUGGGUUUGAUAGGGUGAAGCUGUAAUUUCCCUUAACAACAACAACAACUAUAUUGCAACGUUUAUGCAUCCUGAUAUGUCUUCCCCAAGGCCUGGUCAAAGGCUGGGCCAAAGGGGCAUUGAUCACCAGAAUCCCCUCCAGUUCUUCAGAUUGUAUAAGUGAAAAUGGGUGAUCGUUAUAAUAUUCACUCCCAACUAGAGCACUUGCAGUCUAAAUACAUUGGCACAGGUCAUGCAGAUACUGCGCAGUUUGAAUGGUGUGUCAAUCAACAGCGUGACACAUACGCAUCUUACAUGGGCCACUUUGACAUGCUGAAUAUGAUUGCAAUAGGAGAAAAUGAAACAAAAGCUCGUGUUCGCUUCAACAUGAUGGAAAAAAUGGUGCAGCCCUGUGGACCACCACCUGAGAAGAAUGAAGAUUAAAGUAUUUUGUAUGCAUUUAAGGUUAUACUUUUGUACAGUAUAAGUAAAAAAACCAAGACUG